AUGGCAAACUUGUUGGGUGUUUUCGAUUACGUAGUGAUAGCUAUCAUGCUGUGCGUGUCCGCACUGAUUGGUUUAUAUUUUCGCUUUUCUGGGGGCAGACAGAAAACAACUGACGAAUUUUUAAUGGGUAGCCGGACAAUGGGAAUUUGGCCUGUAGCUUUCUCUCUCAUGGCCACCUGCUUGUCAUCUGUCGCUGUGCUGGGGGUGCCGGCGGAAACUUAUUUAUAUGGAACGCAAAUACUGAUGUCCAUGGUAGGCAUUCCAAUAGGAGGAUUUAUAGCAGUCUACGGAUUUCUACCAGUUUUUUACGAUAUGAAAGUAUCCACAGCUUAUGAGGUUCUGUACAUGGGUGUUGUACUAUAUGCCCCCUCACUGGCUUUAAAUGCUGUUACAGGCUUGUCCACGUGGGCAUCCAUUCUAUCAAUAGCAGCUGUUUGUAUAUUUUAUAGUUCACAGGGAGGUUUGAAAGCUAUUCUAUGGACCACCGUUUUUCAAGCCCUUCUUAUGUAUACAGCCAUGAUCGCUGUCAUUGUGAAAAUAUCAAUGAUGAAAGGUUUCAAUGAGACUUUCAAUAUUUCUAAAAGAGGGGGUCGUCUUAUCUUCUUUGAGUAA